AUGGAAGAAGACACAUCAGUUUCUGAGUUGCUGCGUAAGAGGGAGGAACUGCUGCGGUUGUUGCAGGAAGAAGAUGAAGAUGUCGAUUACGGUGGUUCUGACGAAGAGGAAAAUGAUGAGGAACAAGAAGAAGAAAAGGAAGAAGAGAUAGUACAAAACGGGUCAUUGGAGGACGUAAACUCUCCUUCUGCAAAGCGACCGCGAAUGAAUGGAAUCGAUGGAGAGGUUGCUAGCGAGGAUUAUUGGAGGGAUAAAAAUGGAACUUGUCCGUUCAAACCUGGUCCUACUUCAACGGGUGAUGAAUCUGGACUGUGUCCGCAGAAAGCAGCGAAAGAAGAACUAGAAGUGUUCGAUGAAGAUGAUGCAGAUAUGGAAGGCUUGGAUGUUCACGAUAUUCUUGAGGAGGCAGUGGAUAAAAUAAAAAAGGAAGCUGCUGAUGCUGAUUCUGCUCGCAUAGUAUGGAAGUACGUUCCCGAGCGUAUUGAACAUGAUCACUUUAUGAAUCUUCCGGAAGGAUGGACACGGAUUACCCAUAACAGUGGGAUGCCGGUAUAUCUGCACAGGAAGUCGCGUGUUGUCUCAUUGUCAAAGCCGUACUUCAUUGGGACCCAAGGCGUUCGUGAUCAUCCUAUACCAGUCACAGGGAUUCCUUGCCUUCAUCAAAAGAGAAUCAUGGAGAGAGAUGCUGCUUUAGCCGCUGAAGCUGAGAGUCAGAAGAAGAAUGAAGGUGAUACAUCGGAAACAACACUUGAAAGUGAAAUCAAGCAGAAGCUAAUUGCUCCAGCUGUAAAAAUUGAGCGUCAAGAAGACUACUUACUGAGUGGUGAAGAGUAUCGCAAGUAUGCUGAGAAACUGUUUAAAUUUAAGCUAAUCCAGGUGAAGAAAUUUACUACGUUCAAGGACAAAAAGGCUGAUUAUCGAGAAAAACAGCUAGAUCAAGCUUUGAAAGAUUCAGGCGUCCCUUUAAAAAUGAAGGAAGUGCUAGGGAAGAACGAGAAAACUCCGGCUGGUUUAGCAUUGAUUCAUAUCGAAUCAGCUGAUCCGCGGUUCCACAAACGCAGCUUUGUGAUGAAUCCUCAAGGGAAAUCAUCAAUCACUGUGCUACACGAGUACUCACAACGAGCUUUAAAAGGGCGAACUAUUUAUCACAUUGAGGAAACAAGAAAUGCAACUAAACCAUUCCAUGCUACGGGUAUUGUAAUAGUCAAGAAAUCUGUACGUGUACAAAUUGCGGGUACUGUAAAGGAUAAAUUGGCGCUGUUGGGUGCUAGCAAUGGCGAAAAUGGUGACAAUGUUGAUGAAGAUUCCAUAAUAGUGGGACGAGGUGAAGGACCAAGCAAACGGGUUGCAAAGAUGGUGGCUGCAAAACAGGCGCUUGCAGUUUUAAUUCCUGAAAUACGGUUCAAUGAUGAUUAUAUGGCAACUAUCCAACCACCAAAUGCUACAGAGAAGAACUAUGACGACCAGGCUAUAGCAUUGUUCGAUGAGUUACCAAUCGAAGAUCCUCGUAUAUCUGACCUCGCCGUCCGCACUUGUCUGCCAAAACCGAUGAUUCUGUUAAAAACUGCCUUGUUACGUUCAAUAAAACUUUGCCGAGAAGUGCCAUCAACGAAAGUGGAGCUGCUGGGACCAAUGAGGACAAAAGUGACGAUGACUGUUGGAGAUCUGACUGCUGAAGUUGUCGCUUGUGGGAGCAAAGUUGGCCAACAACGUGCAGCACAAAAUCUGCUGAAACAAAUUCAUCCUCAGGUUUCUACAUAUGGUGGUCUUUUGCGAAUUUAUGCCAACCCUGACGAAAAGGAGGAGCAACGAGAGACACGAAAGCUGCAAGCAGAGCUAGUUCAACUGCAAAAUCAAACUAAAGGCUCUGGAGACACGAAAAAGCCCCUCAAAUCAAAAUCAUCCAAUUCGGACAACUCGAAGUCAGCUGCUCUUCAAGCUCGUGAAAAGGCGGAGAAGGCCAGAGAGCGCAUGGAGAAACUCAAGGAUAAAGCGUCGGAAGCGAAAGAAUUGGCCGAAAAGCUAAAAAUUAAAGCGGAAAAGGCGAAAAGGGCAGCGGACCGCGCGGCAUCUCGAUCCGAUCGCGAGAAAGCACGAGCUGCUACGGCGAAGUGGUGCAAAGUUACGGAUCAGUACAAGAAGGCAAAUAAAAAAGCGAGCAAGUUGAAAUCACUAGCGGAAAAAGCGACGAAAAGGUACAAACAGAGGCAAAAAAGGGCAGAGAGACCGGUCGAGAAGAAGAGAUGGGAGAGAAUCAGAGACAAGAGUAAGAAUAACCGCUCGAAUGCCAACGAAGCAGUACUUGCACUGCUUCGGAAGGAAAUGGCUCGAAUUAAGGAACGCACUACGACUCGUUCCUAUAUGUAUGCCACAAAACCUCUAAUCGAAUAG